GGUGGUGUCUGUGGCAGGACCUCCCCCUCUCUUACUCUCUCUCCCACACUCUCCCAGGUAAUACUGUGGGUGUGGUGGCGUCCCUGGGGGUCCCUGGCGGUCCCUGGCUGGUUAGGGGAGAGAGAGAGGGGUGUGUGUUGAAAGGAGAGGUGGACUAGUGCAGGUUGAAACAUCGCAGCAGACCAAGCGGCAAGCACUUUCUGGAGGAUCCCGUGUGUAAUGCAAUCAAACCUGCCCAUGGAACACUGAAAGCAUUGUGCUAAUGUGUGAUAAGCUAAAAGAAAAAACAGAAAAAAGUGCUCUCUUCAGAGGAAUUACUUCGGUGGACUUGGCAUUGGUGUGAAACCCCUUCAUCCUCCCCUUCCCCCUUUCCCCCAAACCCAGUUCCACUUAUGUUGUCAGUGGUUUGGUGAAGGGUUGUUUUGAAGUUGUAAGUGACUUGGACUACUACUCAUCACCACCAUGACGACCACCUUCGAUCCUCAUGAUCGAGCCAGCUGGUACUUUGGGCAGAUGUCACGGCAGGAUGCAACGGAUUUGCUGAUGGGAGAGCGAGAAGGUGGAGUCUUCUUGGUGAGGGACUCCACCACAAUCCUGGGGGACUUUGUUCUCUGUGUCAGAGAAGACAACAAGGUUUCACAUUAUAUAAUAAACAAGAUACAACAGGCCGAACAAGUGCGCUAUCGCAUAGGUGAUCAAAUGUUCCCGGAUCUGCCGUCGCUUCUUAAUUUUUAUAAACUACAUUACCUAGAUAGCACGCCUCUCAUCCGACCUGCAGUCAAGCGCUGUGAGAAGGUGGUAGCAAAAUAUGACUUCGAAGGCAGUGAUCAAGAUGAUCUGCCAUUCAGAAAAGGAGAAAUAUUAACUAUUGUAAGCAAAGAUGAAGAACUGUGGUGGACGGCCAGAAAUUCUAUGAACCAAACGGGGUCCAUACCAGUACCGUAUGUGCAGAAGUAUGAAGAAGGAGAGAGUAUUCCCGUGAACUCGACCCCAAAUAGAGGAAGCACACAGUCUACUGAAGGCACACCACGCCCUAAACCAAGUCUUCAGCGAAAGCUACCUGCGUAUGCACGAGUGAAACAAGCCCGCGUUCCCAAUGCCUAUGACAAAACGGCCCUUAGACUGGAAGUUGGCGAUGUUAUCAAAGUAACGAAGAUGAACAUCAAUGGCCAAUGGGAAGGGGAACUGAAUGGAAAAGUUGGGCACUUCCCUUUCACACAUGUCGAGUUCAUUGACAGUGAAAAUUCAGCGGAUGGAGAUCCUAAUUAAGAUUCAUUGCAGAAAUGUGUUAAGAUUGUGUAAUUUUUAGAUUUUUAUUUUCCUAGUGAUAAUGUGAGUAUGUAUCUAAAGAAUGAAUGCUGGGCAUCUUUUUCAUGUGGAUAGUGCAAAAUGGUAAGGUUGUACAUGACAAAUUUUUUAAAGUUUGGAUGAAGGAAUCGAUCCUGAUUGGAGAAUUUUUAUCAUAUGAUGAGUUUUUAUGGUGUUUUAUAGAAAAAGGUUAAUCGAAUAAGUACAGUAUAUUCAGAAUUUUAUACACGACUUACUGGUGUAAUUGCUCCGCUAAAAUAGAAGGCAGCAUUCUUAAUUGAAUGGGUUGAUUUUUAUCGGUAAUGUACUCGAUAUUUUAAUAAUUUUAUGCCCAUAUACACUUGCACUGCAAGGAGCGUCACUCUCCCAGUCUGCAUCAGCUCCUUCAUUUUAGACGUGAAGAAAAAAGGCAUUGAGAAUUUUAUGAACUUUGUGUUACUUUGACAUGUCAUAUUUUAAUAAAUAGGGAUAAUAAAAUCAAAUAGGUUGCCUUGAACCAAAUUUAGUUGCAAACAAAUAGCACAAACUAUUUAAUGGCAAAUAACCAGACUAGAUUAUGGCAGUUCUUUCACAUUUCUUGCUAAUGGAUUCAACAUAUCACGUUGGCUCAUGAACUAUACCUGUUAAUAUUUGUAAAUACUUACCCCCACAAGGCUUUGUUCCAAACUAGUCUAGGGACUACUCUUAGCUAUACAGUAUAUUCGUAUUGGAUUGCAUUUUACUCAACAUAACUGUAAUGCUCUCUGGUCACUGGUAGGUAAUAGGUAGUGGUAAAUUGUAUAGAUUUCAGUAUCCAGUAUAGGGAUUUAUAUCCAUAAACAUACAACACUCUCUUAUCAUAAACAAAUUUAACUUUUUUAUUUUUUUUUACAAAGCAACUUUAGCAGAGAAAGCAGCUGAAAGUUGUAAAGUUCCCAAUACUAAUUAUAAAAUUUUAUGCAAAAAUGUUUAAAAAUGCUGUAAGCAAUGAAAAUAUAUGUAAUUAUAUCCUGUAAUAUUUACUGAACAAA